AUGACCCGGAUCAAGCGGAGUUGGAAGAAGGCGCCCGAAACGAAUCCGAAGGUGGUCGUGCUCAUCAAGGAAUUUUCUCAACUUCCCGAUCACGAGCUCAUCACUGCCCUCGAAGAUGCCAUCAAGACCGGAUGGCAAUACCCUCGAUCGGAUCUCAUGUUCUGGAUCCCCGUUCUGAAUCGGUUUGACGGAUACCUGGAAGCGACGAUCAAGGAGUAUGAUCUGCGAGGACCAGGAAGCAAGAAAGAGAAAGAUUCGGAUGGUAAAGAGAUCAAGGAAAUCGAUUCCAACCGGAUAGGCGUCCAGGUCAACGAUUUUGCCCCGAUCACUAAACGGAUGACCCUCGCCAUCUUUGGAUUCAUCAAGCUACUGCUCGAGAACUGCACCAAUCGAAAGCUGUUCUCAUCUUACGACCGUCUCAACGACUUUCUCCUCACUACCGACACGGACGUGCUUCUGGCCAAUCUCCGUCUGAUCCUUCGCUCGGCCCAACAGUGGAGCGUCCAACAUCAAGACAUGAACGGUGGUUUUGGGAUCUCUCACUCGCGACUGCUCGACCUGCUCCAGAGUUGGUCGUCGAUCAGCGGAACAGACAUAACUGGUCUCAGCUUGGUCGACCUCGUCCAACACACCCUUUCCGCCUCCUCUCAGUCGGAGGAUGCCAACAUGGACAUCAAUUCCGCUCCAACCAACCCACCCCGCAACGCUCCCGAAGUUACCUUUCUCUUUUAUCGCAAGGUUGACCUGAAGCCGACCACACAGCCUGCCAUUGACACCAAGCCGGCCGUAGACGAAAAAGGCAAGGGAAAGGAAGUGAUGCCGGGCCCAUCCACCACUUCCUCCAUCCAACCCUCAAGCUCCUCAACCCAACUGGCUCAUACUCCAACUACCCCAACCCCCAAAGGCCGGUCGAAAGACAAAUCCGUCGCUUCCCAGACCUCCCCCACCCAACCCCUUGCUCCAGUCGAGGGAUUAGCCACUAUCCACGUUUCGCCUGACACCCUGGCCUCUGGUAGGCGGCCCCAGGAUAUCUUGGCUGAUCUCAUUGAACAACAUCAGCUACCGAUUGAUUGUCGAUUCAAGCUCUUCCACCGGAUCCGGAUCGCGAUGGCCCUCAGAAACUCUCUGGACGUUCGGCGAUUCGCCGUCGUACGACUGUUGGCCCUGGCGAUCUAUACCCACACGACCGACGAAACGACAGCUGUUUCAAAAUUGUUCAUCUAUGAGCCCGGUCUGAUAUCCCAACUCAGCGAGCUUAUCAAUCUGGAAAUCGGUGGUGACGGUCUCGGUGGCGACAUUCAGGCCGCCGCCUUCUACGCAUUGGAAGGUAUUUCCCGAUAUCGAGGCAAGAUUGCUGAGGUUGCCGGUGCAGUUGGUGUUUCUGUUAGUCACGGUACCUUGAUGCAGGUAGUGCGCAAGAUGGCGAAGGAGCUCGAGCGCGAGCGAGCGGCUUGUAAAGACGAGUUCAUCGAUUCCCUAUUUUGCUUCCUGAGCUGUCUCCAGCUUAGUGUGUACGCUGGCUCUCUCCUCGUUGGGGCCGGUGUGGUACCUGUACUCGUUGAUAUCUGUAAGAACUCUCAUCCCAAUCAGAUCGGAACCGUGAUCCGAGCCGUUACCAAUCUGGAUGGGCUACUCUAUGGGUUCACUUCGGCAUUUGCCCUGUUCAACGGGGUCGACGGGCUCAAGGUGUUCGUUAAUCGAAUCAAGGAAGAGGUCGACAAAGCGAUUGCCGAGCACCCUAUCGACGUCACUUCAUCAUCCAAACCGUCUGAGUUGCUCAUCGGGAUGCUCUCGCACUCCUCUGCCGGCCUUCUCAAGGCUCUCUUCCGCUCGAUCCAGCGCUUGCUUACUUCGGCUGGAACUUUGGAAAGCGUUCGCAACUUGACGGAGACCCAACUGCCUCAGUCCAUCAAGCUGAUCAUCCAAAACAAGGCAGUAUUCGGUUAUCAAAUCUAUUCCCUGGCCAUCAACAUGAUGUCCACGUUGAUUCACAGCGAGCCGACCUCGUUGGUUAUUCUUCAAGAAGCAGGCUUGCCUGAAGCCCUGUACGAUGCAAUUGACAGUGGUAUCGAACCGGCAUUCGACGUGAUUGCCGCUAUACCAUCCGCUCUCGGCGCCCUCUGCCUAAACGAGGUAGGCCUACAGCAGUUGAACGACCGUCAAGCGAUCCCGGCCAUCUUCUCGGUGUUCACGUCUGAAAGGCAUGCCCGUAUUCUAAGAGACAGGGACCACGCCUCCGUUGUUGGAAGUACUAUCGACGAGUUGAUCCGACAUCAACCCUCGCUGAAAAAGACGGUCCUGGAUUCCACCUUGACUUUCUUGAACGAAAUCGAUCGCAUUGGAAACGCCGUCAAUAUCAACACGAGUCAAUUGGCAAAUGUCCAAUUGAAGCCUUGUCCUGAGGAAAGUUCACAAGCUGCAAUCGAAGGCCCCUCAUCGUCCGUUGCGCCAGCUCCCGCCGAGAACAACUCUCAGGAUGUGGUCAUGAAUGACAAUCCAAGUGCACCUGCCCCAGCCACUACUCUGUUCCAGUCGGCGACCGCUAGUGUUAGCAAAAAAGACAAAGAAAAGGACGAAAAAGAUCAUUACGCCAACAACCUUGUGCUUCUCUUGAUUGACGUCGCCUGUAGGUUGCUCGAAUCGAUGCUACAGAACGUGGCGCAUUGCCAAGAUUUUAUUACCUUGGGCGCCUUGGACAAGCUAUUGGGCCUACUCCGACUGCCUUCAAUUCCCUACGAUUUUGCCACUACACCGGCCGCCGAGGCGUUUAGCUCAACCAUCAGGGUUGUUACCGAAACCUUACCCCGCGAAACACUCACGGUUGUGAUGAAGCAACUCCGAUCCGACCUGAUGGAAAUCAAACCGUUCUGGCAAACCCUUCGGCCGGAGUCGGAAAUGCUGAAAAUGGUCUCAACUACUCCUGCUGAUGUCGACGGCCAUAAUCAUAUUUUCCGUCGUCUGAUUUCGAUCCAAGCCUACAUAUCGUUUUUGAGCGACAUCUGCGUCGCGAGUGGCUACUCUCACACCCGAACCGCCGCCGGAAUCCUUGGAGUGUUCAACAAUUCCGAAGAGUCCGACACGGUGACGAUCUUGGGUGCCCUGCAGCGCGUGGUCUUCUGGGAGCACAUUUUGAUCAAGGCGUUUGCGCCGAAGCCUUGGUCCGAUGGGACUACACCUGCUGCCGGCUUGACCGCGACAACCGCCCCAAUCCCGUCAUCGUCAUCAGGCACUGUAUCCAUUCCGGUCCUUCCUUCGAUCGGUGACCAGAGCCAGAUCAGUUCUGUGACGACCAUCCGAACCAAUGCCAUCUCGAAUACCGAAGCUGUCUCAAUGACAUCCGCUGGACGCGCCGACUCUGUCACUGGAAAGGCGACUGAAACUGCUGGGACUCCUGCCACUGAAUCAUCCAUUGAGAAUGCCAAAGCCUUACGGUCGAUCGCAGCCUCAAUUUCACAAUCACUCAACCCGUUCUUCUCAGCUAUCAUCAAGUUGCUAUCCUCUCGCCGAGUCACAGACGAGGCGUUAAAAAAACAAGCUCUCUACACGGCGAAUUUACUCGCACAAGUUUUGACAGGGCACUUAGUAUGGCCGGGUGCAGAGGAUCCGUUCUCAAACUUCGCAUACCUCACCGUCUGCCUGAAUACGGCAUCUCAGUUGCUCACUGAGGAAAGAGGAAGCCGCUCAACCCUGAACAGCUUAAUCUUAUCACCCUUCCACGACAGCGGCGGGUUGCAGACCAUUCUUUCGCUAUUCAACCGCUACGUUGACCAAACCGACUCGCUCUCGAAGGAAGGAAACCGCACGCCAGCUCAGAACGUCUUACUGGUCCAUCUGUACGGUGGCUUGAAGGUCGCCCUCGAUUUACUGCAGACCCUUUGCUCAUCAACUGCGCUAUUGGAGUCCCCUCAUACCGUUUUGCUGCAAAGCUGGAAGGAUCUGGUCGACCCCCCAUUUGAUGCUCCCGGAUUGCUGAUCUCGAUGCGUGCGAGGAUCUUGGCUGACAUUCAACGUCUGUGGCGCGCCGACUGGUUGAAUACUGCGCCCCCCAACGUUGUCCGCGGAGUUGUAAAGAUUUUGCUCGACAUCAUCAAGGCCGAUGGCGAGGCUUCUCCAGAACCAACUCCGGUUGGCCCUUUUACCACCGUUGGAAACUUGAUGGGCACCACCAACACCUCUUUAGACCGAAUCACGGGGGCAUUGAGCGGAGGAUUAGGAGGUGUGACAGGUUCUAGCUACCUCGCAUCUUACGCGCUCUCAGGUGGACGUCCACCCGCUGUACCGGACGAGGGAAGAAUCGCUAGCCUGGUAGACAUGGGAUUCCCACGUUCUGCUUGCGAAACUGCCCUGGCGAGAACUCAUAACAACCUCAACUUGGCAACCGAGUUCCUACUUGCCUCGCCUGUCUUAGUUCAACACCAACCUGGGGCAAACGAAGAGCAAACCGCCCCGGAAGCAAGCACCCAAACGGCGGACGUAGCUGACAGCUCACCAAACGAACUUGUGGCUAUUGCUGAUGAGGUGAUGACCACCCCGCGAUUAGGUUCUGCCACCUCUCCACCCCUGUCCCCAGUCCUGCCGAUCCCACCUGCUGAGCGCGAAUUAGCCUCCGACAAUCAUGAUGUUCCGAUGGUCGAGGCCUCGGCUGAAGAUUCAGGGACCGCAGAUCCUCAAGGGAGCACGGAGAACUGCAGCUUUUCUGGCGACGACGGACACACGACACCCAGAAUCCCAUCAGCCGAAGUGAGCGAUCCAGCCAGCAGCAAGACUUCUAAACUCGACGAAGUUCGGGCUCAGAUGAAGACUGCCCUGAGCGAACUCCGAGAUCCACUGCGAGCAAUGUUUCUCAAGCGCAGCUUGAUCCUGGCCGAGUCGUACGAUGAAUUGGCGUUUGAUUUGAAAACGGCCUUCAAAGCAUUCGAAAAGAAAUCGAUGGCCAACGAUAACAAGACCUUCGAUGGGAUUGCCACGUUACUCAGCGAGCUCGAAUCUUUCUCACCGUCAUCCGACCCAUCCAGUGAAGACUCGUCGCGCAACAACGUCCCAGCUAUCUCGGUCCGCUUAAGAAUGCUCGCCCUUCUGGCCAAUGACUCGUCCUUCGAAGCGUCCCUGCAUCGCAAUGCAAACACGUUGUUGAGGACUAUUGUAGCAUUACUCCGUAAUGCUACUGGCUUGAUGAAGGAGUCCCUCGAAGUAACAGAGAUUCCUAAAUGGCUUGCCUCCUCGCUUUUGAUUGUCGAGGCCAUCUUAGCUUACGCCAAGGACAAGCCGGCUUCCGAAGUUGAACUCACCAAGCCUGCUGCUGAGGAGCUGGAUGAAAACGACGAAGACGAUGAUGAGGACGAAGAUGUUGAUAACCCGAUCCCGGACAGCGUCGCUUUUCUAGGUCUUCCGGCCCUGAUGAACGAGCCCCGUCAAACCACCGCCAACCAGACCGCCUCCACUUCGGCGGCCAAAUCGACGAAAACUCCGGAGCUUUCAAGCCCCGCAUUCAGCCAGCCAUCGGAAGAAGAUUUGGAGCUGAUUUUCCAAAUCUGCACCAACGUGCUCAGAUGCCAGCAGUGUGGUCGACACGACUUCCUCGCUGCCAUCCGAGUGCUUCUCAUUUUGACCCAAAAGCAUUCUGUCGCUGAAGCUUUCCUCAACAGUGGCGUGCCCGCCAUUCUUCUCCGCAGCUUUUCUUUCAAAACGGAGUCUCGGGGCUGUCUACCCUAUGCAGCCAUGCUACUUCGGCACACCGUUGAAUCAAACCCAGUCAAGCAGGCGAUCAUGACUAAAGAAAUCACACAUUUCAUCUCUUCUCAUGGCCGCGUCCGGCAAUCUGACUUACCUUCUUUUUGCCGGCACUUGGUCCCCAUGGCCUGGCGAGAUUGGUCGACCUUAAUGGAAACGAUUGCGGCGACGUGCAAGCUGGUUCCAAACAGUGCUGCCACGGGUGGAUCGUGGCUGAUUGCUUUGAACGACAAGAAGGAUCAGCCUACCCAAGAACCCAACAAGGAAGCUUCGAAUUCGACGUUGAAAAUUGCUUCUGGUGAGACAGCAGGCAAUGAAAUGCAGAUUGAUGAGAUUGCACCGACUGAUCCUGAAAAACCUUCAGAUGAUGCGCCCUGGAGACCCGCGGUUGAUGGAACGAUGCAGUUCUUGAUGUCGGAAUUGCUGAAGGCCGGGAAAGAUUGUUUAGCUCCCAGUGCAGCCGCAGAUCCCACAACUUCGCCUAAUCUGCCGGGCAUUGUUCGACCGCCCAUCUUUAGUCAAGCUUCGCAGAGCACUCGUAUGCCAAGCUUGGACACUGUUGAUAUUGGAUCCACCGGUCCGAGCAGCAGUGCAACGACUUCAAAUCUAUUAGCAUCUGCCCUCGGUGGGUCGACCAAUAAACUCGAGAAAGCCGAUGAGCAUCAAGUUGCGGCUUUCUCCCAUGCCUGCUUCAUCAUGUCGUGGAUGAGCGAACUGUUGGCUUCUUACAACGAGUGCAAAAUCAGUUUCAUGAGCUCACAUCAUCGUAAGGGCAAGUCACCAGCAAAGUCGUCGACAUCCUCCAGUCUCGCUGCAGCAGCAGAUCUCAAGUCCAAGCACGAGAUCUUGAAUUUCAUGCUUUGUGACUUGAUUCCGACCGGCCCCUUGACUCAACCCAACACGACCGAAUCACAGAAGAAAUCAGCGAUUGCUAGUUGGGCAAUCAUGGUUUUGGUCGCAUUGUGCCAUGAGCCCAACGCUGGUAAGGAGCCUUCCGACAUCGUCACCUCCGCUCGCUCAUUCGUUCUCACCGGACUUGCACGUGCAAUUCAAGACGCGAUCGUGUCCGAAGAGCCUGUUGAUACUCGCUACGGCCGACUAUACGCCCUCUCAGAUCUCACUUUCCGUCUUCUUACUGCCGCCCCCUUUGCCCAAAGACCCUCAGCAAGCCCCAGCGAAGCGCCAAUCCAAAUCGCGAAGAUCAUGCUCGAGAAGAACUAUGCAGCUCUUCUCUCCAAUGCCUUGGCAGAUGUCGAUCUUAACUUCCCAUCUGUCCAACGCUUACUGAACUCGAUCCUGAGACCCCUCGAACAUCUCACCAAGGCAGUCACCAAGAUCAGUCGAGCAUCAUCCGACCGGAAGAACGGAGACAGCGCUACUGGUCCAGCUUCAACGAUUGAAGUCGAAAGUGUGCCCCCGACCGAAAGCUCGGUAGAAGACGAAGCAAUGAUACCUACCGAAGAAGACGCACCAGAUCUUUAUCGAAACUCGGCCCUUGAUCAAGCCACAGACAACGUAUUUGGUCGACCCCGGACUGGUCAGCAGUCCAUGGGAAUCUCAACCCAUCCCUUGUUGGUCGAAGAUUCCGGCAGGCCUUCCCGUGCGGACGCUUUUACCCGCUCUCAUCGUCGGAUGGACAUUCGAUCCGGAUCAGUCGAUCAGUGGAUCACAGCAAUCGAAAAUCUCCUCGGAGGUGGGGCUGGCCAGCUCAUCGAACAUAUUCUCGGCACGGCUGCCUACGGCCAGCGUCCAAUUCACAUUGAUCUCGGUCAAGGGCCCAAUGGACCCUCCCUUGGUGGCGUUGUCAUCGAUCCUCAGCGAGGCGUUGUGAUGCCUGUUGGCCCACAAGGCUUGGUUGGCCAAACUAACCAGCCUCCCCCAGCUAGCCGACUUGAUCGGCAUCUCGCCGAUCGAGUUGCCGGACAAACUUUGAUGCCACUGGCCACCCUGCCGAGAUGGUCCGAGGAGGCUCGAGUCUUCCAACAAAUCUCAUCAUCCUCCGAAAACCCCGCGAAGAUCCAACGCGCGAUCUUCAAUCUCCUAUCCCCACGCGCCAAGCAAACAGCCAAAGAAGACCUUCAGGAACGAGAGAAGCUCUCCAAGCUGGCCAGUGAAGCCCGGCGUAUGCGCGAAAACCAGGCUCAGUCUUCCCAAUCUGCACCUGCACCUUCCACCGAUGCCGUUACAUCGACGACCACGCGCGAAGAGAAUGGUGUCUUGCCCAUGCCUGUCGAUGUCACCGGCAUUGCUGAAUCGUUGGCUCUCGUCAACGCUUCUGCCGAUGACCCUAAUCCUCCUAUUCCUGAACCUGCAGCUACCGAGGAUGCGGAAAUGCACGAUGGGACAGAAGCCGCCAAUCAACCAGUUCAGGAGCAAUCCAAUCCCCAGUCGAUGCCCGCUUCACUACCCGAGAACAGCGCCAUGCAAGGCGUGGACUCCCAGGACGACAUUGUUGAAGUGAUCAACCUGGCUCGUCAGCUGGCGGACAGGAUUGGCUCGACGGCUGAAGGGUCGAAUGCACCGGAGCCCGUCGAAUCCGCUGAGCCACCAACAGCUACCGAGUCUGUUGUUGCUCAGCCAGAAGCUCCCGCAGAUCAAGCUACCUCCAGCGCCGAGUCAACCAGUGCUGCUCCACCGGCCGGAUCAUCGCAACGUGUCACAAUCACGAUCAACGGUGCCGAAGUUGAUAUCACCGACACCGGCAUCGAUCCCACUUUCUUGGAAGCGCUGCCGGAUGAUAUGCGAGAAGAAGUUCUCAACCAGCACUUCAGAGAACAGCGACCGGUACGAGAAGAACUAUCGGUCCCGGUACCUUCCAGCAUCAGCACCGACUUUUUGGAUGCUCUUCCUCCGGAGAUCCGCGCCGAGGUUAUUCGCUCCGAAGUUGCUGAUCAGCAGCGCCGUCGUCGCGAGGAUCUCGCCCGAAACACCACCGCCGCUGGUAGUAAUCGGGCGCCUGCCGACCCCGAGAUUGAUCCGGCCACGUUUCUCGCCGGUCUUGACCCCAGCCUUAGAGAAGCUGUCUUGCUCGAGCAAGACGAUGGCUUUAUCUCUACUCUUCCUCCCAAUCUGCUUGCCGAAGUCGAUGCGCUACGAGACCGUGUUCUCCGCCGACAGCACGCCGUUCGUUCCGGCCGCGCCCGUGAUCCACUCACCGGGUUGCCUGUCACUUCCGCUUCCCCUAUUCCCUCGGCUGGCAAGAAAGUCCCCGUCAAGGUCGACGCUGUUCAGGUUCUCGAUCGAUCAGGUAUUGCUGCCCUGGUCAGGUUGAUGUUCUUCCCCCAGCCUCUUCGAAGACAUUCCCUACAGAAGGUUUUGGUCAAUCUCUGCGAAAACUCCCGGAGUCGAACAGAAUUAAUCAGCACCCUUCUCGGGCUCCUCCAAGAUGGUACACGAGAUUCGGCAACUAUCGAUCGCAGCUUCUCGCAAGUUUCUAGUCGAGCCAGCAAGGCGUUAACACCCGUCACACCGAAGUCGACGAGUAAAUUGAGGCGCGAAACUCACGUCGGGCCACUUCCUCACUUCCCUGGCGAAAGCGUGCCCAACCUGAUUGCCCUCCGAUGUUUGGAGGCCUUGUCUCUUCUCGUCACUUCCAAUGACCGGGUUCCGAUUUAUUUCCUUACCGAGCAGGAAGUACACGUGGCUCUCCACAAACGUUCUGCCAAGAAAAGUAAGGGUAAGGAGAAGAGUAACACCUCAGUUACUUAUCCAAUCGUCGGUUUGCUCGCAUUGCUCGAUCGUGCCAGUCUGCUCAAACACCCCAACCUCACUGAAUCGAUCACUAGCUUGCUCGCGUUGAUCGGAAAACCUCUGACUGCACUCGCUAAAAAGUCAGAAGAAACCAAGAAUCAACCGGCCGCCUCAACUUCCACUGUCUCUAGUGCUCCUCUCAAUGAGGCUGGUUCAGCACCGGCUAUCUCAGAAACCGCAACGAGUCGGGCUGCAGCCCGAGCUACCACUACGACUGAUGCUCGGCCUGCCCAGACAAGUGCCGACAAAACCGAUGCCCCUCUUACCACGCUUGAAAAAGCUCCAGCGCUCGCUUCACACGACCUGCGAAUGAUUGUUAACGUUCUAGACUCUGGUGAAUGCUCCAGCAAAACAUUUAGCCACACCGUUACAUUCAUUCAGGCUAUUUCGACAUGCCCCAAUGGCCGAGAGGUGAUUGCCGCCGAACUACUUGAACGCGCAAAAUUCUUAGGUGAUGCUUUGCUGCCCGACCUGGACGAGCUUUCAGAAGCGAUUCGCGAAGCCCCAAAUGCAGCCGAAGUACGAUCCACCACAUUGGCCAAAUUCUCUUCCGCAUCUGCCCAGCAAGCCAAGUUGCUCCGGAUCUUGAAGACCACCGAAUUCCUGGACGCGCAUGCGAAGAAACAAGAAGGUAUUCAAUUGCCACUUCCUGAACCCACUUCGCCCCUGACGCUCAGUGGGGUCGAUGUCACGAGUCCGACGAGUGCCAAAUCAGCUCAAGAAGCUCAAUCAUCGGGAGUUCAAUUCAAAACGUUGUGGGAAAAGCUCAGCGAAUGUCUCACUCUAGUCCAAGAGCGAGAUGAUAUGAUUCACAUUGCCACCGUGCUCUUACCACUGAUGGAAUCAUUCUUGGUGGUAUGCAAACAUGCGGGGAUUAGUUCCCUCAAGUUGCAUCGCGGAUCAUUGUCGCCCCGACCGGAAGAGUUGUCGUCUGACGCCGUGAAUGGAUUCUUCCUAAACUUUACCGAGCGACACCGAAAAGUACUUAAUACGAUGGUGCGCAACAAUCCUGGAUUGAUGAGCGGUUCCUUCUCAAUUCUAGUUCACAACCCCAAGGUACUCGAAUUCGACAACAAGCGAAACUACUUCAGUCAGCAGUUGCACAAGGCUCGAUCCCGCGAGCAAUACGGCAACGUGCAGUUGAACGUCCGUCGACCGCACGUGUUUGAAGACUCGUUCCACAGUCUCGCCCGGCGCACCGGAGACGAGCUGAAGUACGGGAAGCUCAGCGUCAGAUUCUAUGACGAGGAAGGUGUCGAUGCCGGUGGAGUGACUAGGGAGUGGUUGACCAUCUUGGUCAAGCAGAUGCUAGACCCCAACUACGCGCUCUUCACAGGUAGUGCGGCAGACUCGAAAACCUAUCAACCCAAUCGCGCCAGUGCCGUCAAUCCUGAUCACUUGGGAUUCUUUACGUUCUGCGGACGGGUUAUUGGAAAAGCCUUGUACGACGGAAGAGUAGUAGAUGCCUACUUUACCCUGGCGUUUUAUAAGCAUCUCUUGGGCAUUUCGGUUGGCUUAAGCGAUCUGGAAUCCGUUGACCCAGACCAUCAUCGUUCGUUGAAGUGGAUGCUGGACAAUGACAUCGACGGGAUCUUCGAGCUUACCUUUAGCGUCGAAGCCGACGACUUUGGCUCGACUAGGAUCGUUGACCUCAAACCAGGAGGACAGGAGAUCCCAGUAACGAACGAAAACAAGGCAGAAUACGUGCAACUGCUCGUCCAAAACCGACUGACAGUCUCGAUUCAAGAGCAGAUCGACGCCUUCAAGAAGGGCUUCGACGAAAUCAUCCCCCGCGAUCUUGUCCGGAUCUUCUCGGCCACCGAGCUCCAGCUCUUACUGAAUGGACUCCCUGACAUCAAUGUGGAAGACUGGAGAGCCAAUACCGAGCUCCAUCAGUUCCAGCAAAGCGAUUCCACCGUGACGUGGUUCUGGAGGGCCGUCAGAUCCUUCGGCCAGGAGGAACGUGCCAAGUUGCUCCAGUUCGCCACUGGUAGCUCGAGAGUUCCUCUCGAAGGCUUUGGUGCACUUCAAGGAGCACAGGGCGCCACCAAGUUCUCAUUGGUCAACGCGCACACCAAAAACGUCCUACCCAGUGCCCAUACAUGUUUCAAUCAAAUUGACCUACCUUCCUAUGACUCGUAUGAGGAGUUGCGGCGGAUGUUCUUGAUUGCUAUUAAUGAAGGAUCUGAAGGGUUUGGCUUUGCUUAA